AUGCCAAAAUACACAGGCUCCUGUUUCUGCCACAAGAUCGAAUACAAUCUAUCGCUGUCGUCCCCCGAGGAUGCGCGGACCUCGCUCUGCCACUGCCGAAACUGUCAAAAAGCAUUCGGAACUAACUACGGAUUAACAACCAAGGUCCCCAAAGACAGCUUUAGCUACACGAAGGGAAGCCCGAAACAGCAUGCCGCCGAUAAUGGCUCUGGCGUGACGAUCUACCGCGAGUUUUGCGACACCUGUGGUAGUUUUAUCCUGGAGUAUGGGGAGAUGGCUAAAGACAAGUUUCGUUACAUCACCGCCGGCUCUCUCGAUGAUCCGGAGGCAUUGGCACCUAAGGGCGAGUUCUUCUGCAAGAUGCGAGCGAGCUGGAUGCCAGAAAUCCCCGAUGUCUUUCAUAAGCGUGAAGUAAAAGAGUGA